AUGGCUUGGAUUGCCGCAUGGCGACUGCCAAGGUCUCUCUGCCGAAAGGUUUUGGCCGGAGGUCUGAGCAGCUCGGCAGUUCGGGGUACCUCCUCAUCGUGUCCGCAGCUGCGGCUGGAUGCGACCCGAUGCUGGCUCGACAAGAUUGUCGUCGGCGAGAAACUAUGCCCUUUUGCCUCGUCCGUUCAGGGGAGCAAGCUUCGCCUGGUCGCCAGCCGAGCGGAGGACGCCGAGGCGGUGAUCGAAGAAGUUUCGGCAGAAGCCGCACUGCUGGUUGGACAUACCGCGAAGAUCACUGGUCCCAGGCCAGAGACAACUCUGCUCGUGCUGGAUCCCUCUUUAGGCUGCGCGGCGCAGUGGCAGGACCUCGUUCGUUUGUCAUGGCGUUUACAGGCAGAAGCCGUUUCCGAACAAGGCUUCCAAGACUUGUUGCAGAUCGUGCUCUUCCACCCGUCGGCGAUGCACAGCAUUUACGCGGAGGGCUUCCCCGACCCUGCCGACUUUACGAUCCGCGCGCCCUUCCCAACGAUCCACCUGCUACGAGCCUCGGAUGCAGAAAGCUGCGCCCCGGCCCUGUGCUCUGAAUUGAAUGCUCCGACCCAUGUGAGACUCCGUGAGAAGCAGCGCCGGCCUCGAGCGGAGCGGAGCGGAGGCGAUGCUGUGCCCCAGUGCUCGAUGCUGCGAUGCUUCUCUGAGGUCCAGACCUACCCGGACACAGCUGAGAUCCCUGUACGCAACAAGGCGAAGUUGCGCGACCAGGGCUUGGAGAUGUGCCAGGAGCGCUUGAACUCUUGUCUGGGCCACGCCGCAAAAGGAGGAACCCGUGCUCUCUCUGCAUUUGAAAGCCAGUCGCUGUUUGAGGUUGUUUGA